AUGCCGAGAACUGCAGUUCAGCCACAGUCACUCUGGCUUGAUGAGCCAGAAAGAAAGAAGAAGAGCUACUUCAAGCGCAAAAUGAACAAACUCAGACACCGUUCGCAAUCAGCACCAAGAAGUAUAAGUGCACCUUUUGGAUUCGAUCACGUUGCACAUAUCGACUCGGAUAUCAGCUAUGGGUUGGAUAAGGCAUUCCACCAAGCAGAUAUCUCCGCUAUAAAAAUUCCCACACAGGAUGCACAAAUCAGCGUUGCCGUUUGUGACAAAUACGCAAACAAGCCACUUCCACGUUCACAUGAAAGCAUUCCGGCAAGUACGCAGCCAGAUUCUGCCUCCAAAAGAAGCUCGUUUGCAGCAUAUUCGUCCUAUCGUACAAUUCCAACAUCAACAUCAUGCUCCCGGGACUUAUCCACGGUUGCAACCCGAACAUUAUCAACUGAUUUGCUGCGCCACACCAGUAUGGCCUCCACUAGUUCGAGCAUGGUUGCCAACUCACUGUUUACUCGAAGUUCAAUGAGCUCUCCAAGAACAUCUGCAUGCUCUUCACCGAUGUCUGCCGCCGGAAAACGCAGGAGUAGCAGCAUUGCCUGCCAUUACGUCAGGGACAGCAGCAUUCCCAGUGGCUUAUACAGCAUUCCUCAGGAACUCGAAGCUGGCUUCGAAGAUAUGAGUGGAUCUGCUUCUGCAGCUGUUUCCGGCAAGCAUUCUAGUGGAGGAAGUGACAUCAGCUGCUUGAGCCAGGUGUUGUCCGUGUAUGGGGACAGCUGUUUAAAUGGAGAUUCACCUGCCAAAUUGAAGGAGCUUGCAGAAAAACACCAGUUGAAAUAUGCCAACUAUCUAGACAUGGCGGGGGAUUCGGAGGAAACAGACGAUGAGACGAUAACUUUGAAAAAACUUGAUAUCAAAGACAUCCACACAUUCCGUUCUAGUAUCGAUUCUUCCAUGGGGUACGAAAUGAGAUGUAAAAUCUUGUCUGAGUACAGGCGUGCCAACAAGUUCAAAGUGAAAUCGAAGAAAAGCAUGAUUUUGCCUUCUCAAAAGGGUGUCUGCCUUCUUAAGGACACGAGUGAGGACAGCAAUUCUUCGAUGCAUAGUGAAAGUUCGGACCAGAAUUCUGCUUGUAGUGACAAAUCUUCAGUGUCACUCAACACCAAAGAAUCAUCAAUCCAGGACAUUUUGGGAGAAAUAGGCUUAUGCCAGUCUGAGGAGCCCGAGUCUCGUGAAGAGCUCGACGGGGCUUUUCAAAGUCUGACUGUUUGUGACAAUUGA